GCCAUCGCUAUAUAACCAAACAGCCUCCAACUACCACACCUACCUGGGUACUGUUUCGCUACGCGGACGUCAUUGUCGCGUCGUUUCGAUGCCCUCUUCAUUCUACCUUGUCGAGACUAUCACCCAGGUCUUUGGAAACGCGCCGCACCUUGUGUUGUCCAUCGUCAGUCGCUAUCAGACAUCUGGACCCGUCGCGAGGAGAUCAUUUUGCAAUAUGACCGGCGGCCGUAGCUCGAGUGAGAAAAUGCGUAGGGAGCCUAACCCAGAGCCACCGGCAGCACCUCCGAUCAUCAUCCUGGCCGAAAAUAGCAGCCCAUGUGGAUCUCCGCCUCAGGAACAAGACCCUGACUUCGCGCCACACCCGCAUACGUCAUUUUCACGGUCUUAUUUUCCGACACCAAGAAACAACGUUUCGGGAGGCCUGACAUCUGUUUCGGACAGUCUCAAUCCAAAGCCCCAACCUGAACCACAUCCGGCACCACCCGUCAUUAUCCUUUCCCAUCACAAGCGCUCAGCGUCUUCGUCUCCACCGCGCGCUUCAUCUUUCGCCUCAUCGCGUCGACGGACAUCCGACGGCCCCGAACUUGACAGCCCCCCUGAAACCACCUUCGAUACUACAAACGAACGCUACGCUAUGGGUUCCAAAGCCAGCAAAAUUUCACCAAAGGGUGGAAAGCUACAGUCGUCACAGGAAAAGAAGGACAAAGAAGAGAUGAAGGAGCCGACGAAUUACUACACACACAGGAGUAAGAGCAUGAGGAGAAAGGCUGGCAAGGAAGCCAAAGGUGAUGGUGCAGGCGGCGUCAGCUUAGGGUCUGGUGGUGCAGGUGGUGCGGUGUAAAAGCGUGGUGACGGACGCAACAGAAGAUGUGCUUUGUUUGACCCGCGACAUGGACAGGCGUUAUAUUGGCGUUCAUGUGUCUCAAUUGGAAAGAGGACUGCAUACUCUCAU